UGUUAUUAGCGGAGGUGUUUUAGAUAUCGAUCCGGUAUUUCGUGUUAGUUACAAACUCGCGCCUUCUUCCUUCAGGUCAAUACAUUCCAAUUCUCUCUACAUCAAAACAAGUGAGAUAAAUCUGCAAAAAUGCCCAAGAGAAAGUCUCCAGAGGGUGCCGAUGGCAACACAAAAGUUACAAAACAAGAACCCACAAGGCGUUCGGAGCGCCUAUCCUCGAAACCUGCCCCGCCCAAAGAUGAACCUAAGCCCAAGAAGCCUGUUGUGAAGAAGGCUGCUGAGGCCAAGGGUAAGAAGGCCGCCCCCAAGGCCAAGAAGGAAGAGGAGGUGGUGCCCGCCGAGAACGGAGAGACCAAGGCAGAGGAGGAUACUGAAGCCGCUGAGCCAGAGGCAGAAGCAGAGGAGGAGGCAGAGGCAGAGGCAGAGGAGGAGAAAGAAUGAGUGAAGACUCUGGACUUUUCUGUGGGUUUUCUUGGGGAAGGAAAAAAAUAAUAUUUUUUAUUGCGCGUAUUUUGUAAACCGCUGUUUUUUUUUUUAUUUUAUUUUUUUUAGACUUGUCGUAAUAGGUCACCCUCCUCCUUAUGGUUUGUCACCUUAAAAACUUGCCAUGCAGGACAUGAGAUCGACAAGGACAAAAAAAACCCACAUAACUAACAAACAAGAAAAAAACAUCUUGGUUUGAUCGAUUACCUGAGCAAACAAACAUUGCCGUUGCCUUUUGCUGUUAUAUUAUAUAAUACACCAUGACACCAUAUCAGUGACUACGCUUCCCACGAAGUCAGCCAACCAGCAAAGGAAAUGGCCUGGGAUUGGAGGUCAGUUAGUGAUUAGGUUAGCUGUGACUUUUUUUUUCUUUUCUUUUUUUUCCUACUUGUUUUUUUUCAAAGGGAGAAUACCUGUGAAGAAGAGAGAUAAUGUGUAGAGGUGAAGUAGUAUCAGAAAGACCUGCUUUUUGGGUUUUUUGUUGAGUUUUUCGUGCUCUCCUGUGUCUGUGUAGAGGGUGUGUGUGGGUGUGUUGGGGGGGGGGUGUCUGUGUCUCUUAUUUUGAUACUGUAGCGAUGUGUGACCCUUGACCUCUGGCAUUAUCGCCAUAGCAAUAAAGGAGUGGUGGUUUGUGCAGGAUGGUUAUGUGGUUAGCAGACAAUUACUUCAGAUGUGUGUGUGUUUUUUUUUUUUUUUUUUUUUUUGGUUAGCCCCACCUUCCUGUUUUAUUUUGAAUUCUCCAUGUGGAAAUAUUUUAAAAUAAAACAAAUAAAAUAAAACCAAUGGUAUGUC